CAAUCCAAAUAUUCCAAAAAAACAAAAAAAAAAUCAAAUUUUAUGAUCCAUAUGGCCACUCUAUUCUCUCCCUCUGCUCUCUUCUCCAACUCCAACAACACCGCCACUCCAACCACCGCAAGACCACCUCAAACUCCACCGGCAGCCAAAACCCACCUCCCAUUCGCCUCCACCAAGUCCCCCAUCGCCACCUUAGCUUCCACCUUGGCCGCAACCGCCGCCGCCGCCACCCUCCUCUCCUCUUCCCCACCACCCGCACUAGCUGACCCCACCUUUCAAAUCUACUACGGCACGGCAGCCAGCGCUGCCAACUACGGUGGUUACGGUGGCAAUUCCAACAAGCAAGACUCAGCUGAGUAUGUCUACGACGUGCCUCAGGGCUGGAAAGAGCGUUUAGUAUCAAAAGUCGAAAAGGGUACAAAUGGAACUGACAGUGAGUUUUAUAACCCAAAGAAGAGAACAGAGAAAGAGUAUUUGACAUUCCUAUCUGGGUUCAGGCAGCUAGCGCCGAAGGAUGUGGUUUUGAACAAUUUGGCUUUGUCUGAUGUGGAUUUGCAGGACUUGAUAGCCAGUGCUGAUCAGAUCUCGUCGGAGGAGACGAAAGACGAAAAGGGUCAGCUUUAUUACACUUAUGAGAUCGAUGGUGUGGCUGCACACAGCUUAAUCUCAGUUACUUGUGCCAAUAACAAACUCUAUGCUCAUUUCGUUAAUGCUCCAACAACAGAGUGGAAUAAAGACAAAGACAUGUUGAAGCAUGUUCAUGAGUCUUUUAAAACUGUUGGUUCUUUUUGAGUUUGAUAAUUUUUCUCUUUCUCUUUUGGAAAAUUUUGUCUUUGAGGCAUCAUAAAAGAUCUCAUUCCACGGCCUCUCUUUAUUUUCUUAUUGUGUUAUAAGAAGCUGAGGCUCAAAGAGAAUUUGAUGUGAGGUUGUGAGACAGCAUAAUAUUUGGCAUGGUGAGAGCUCAUGAAUCACAAGUAUAUAUUACUAUUAUAUAUAUAUAUAUAUAUAUGUAAAUGUAGGAAUGGAGUAUAUUGGGAAAGACAUGUUUGUGAA